AUGAAUAUCUUCAUAGUUCAUGGUAAAAAUGGACUCCACAUAUAUAAAUUGUCAUCAAAGGAGAAAGGUUCUUCAGGUGAUAUUUUCAAACAAAUCGCUAAUUCAGUAGAUGAUGACAGACCUGAUUUUGUCAACAAUUUUUCUUUCGAAUGUGUUUGGUCUUUGGAUCGUUUUGCAAAACAUUGUGUUUGUUCGUUGAACAAUAACAUUGCAAUAGUGGAUGAUCGUUCUGGUUUAUCUAUUGUACAUUUGAAAAAGAAUACAAUUUCCGAUCUUGCCAUUGAUACACUUAGAGGCGUAGGUAAAUUUAAAAAUUUGUAUAUGCCACUGGGUUGUAAAAAUAUAAAGUAUUUACAGUGGUCAAACAAUGGUAUCUAUUUGGUAGUAUAUUUUAAUCUUAACAAUUACUCUGAUGCGGGAAUUUGUCUAGAGGAUAACUUACACAUUUGGGAUAUAUCCAGAAAAAAUAUAGUUGGAACAUUUAAUACGCGCAGGUUAUCUCCAGAACAGUGGCCCAUUAUAAAGUGGAUUGGUUCUACGGAUAGUUUUACAAUUUGUCAUGGGCAUCAUGUUGGCUUUUAUUCAGUUUCGUCCCCAGAAGGAACGACACUAAAAAGUGUUCGUUCAAUAAUAUCGGUUCCGGUCGUCAAGGUAUUUUCUGUUGAAGUAUUUUUGAACAAGCCAAAGGCUGUGGACGGACAAGUACUUGACCAUUCUGCAACUUUUCCAUCUCUAAUUGAAGGUGACAUUAUAGGUAUGGCAGCUUUUACGCAGGCUGAUACAACAUCUCAUAUUUCUGGAAGUCUACGUAUAUCUACAUUUGUUUACACUAAAAACACGUUAGUAGAAAAAUAUUUCGUAACUCAUGAAUUAAAAACGGCGGAUUCCGCUGAAUUGUUGUGGUCUCCGUCUGGAAAGUACUUGAUAGUUUUGGCACAAUCCAUAGUGGAUUUAGCUGGUGAAAAAUAUGGUUCAACAACAAAUUGUUUGUUGUUCUCCUCAGAUGGCCAAUUUAAGUCAAAGGUUAAUGCGAGCAGUGCACAUGAUGCUAGGUGGAAUCCUAAAACUGAUGAAUUUAUUCUUAUUCAAGGCAAUAUGCCUUGCACCAUUACCCUUUAUAAUGCCAACUGUGAAUGUUUGUUUGAGUUUCCAAAAUUGUAUCGCAACACUAUAAAAUGGAACCCUAUGGGAAAUAUGGUUGCAUUAGGUGGCUUUGGUAAUUUAGCUGGUGAGAUAUGCUUUUGGUACAACAAACCUGGAACAAAGGAGAUGGAACAGAUUGUACAGCUCAAAGAACCCUGUACCGUUUUAUCUGAAUGGUCUUUAGAUUCAAAGUAUUUUAUGAUAGCUUCUACUUUCCCUAGAAUGAAGGUCGACAAUUUUUUCAAAAUAUUUAAUUGUGAAGGUUAUUUGUUGGCAAACCAAAAGUUGGAUGAAUGCUAUUAUGCAUCCUGGUUAUGUGGACAUCCCAACGAACAUGAAUUUGUUAGGCCUAGGGUGAGAAAAUCUUUGCAAAGAAAGGCCGUUUAUCGCCCAAAGGUUGCACAAAAACCUGAACUUUCUAAACCAAUUUAUGGUGACGUUCACACUCCUAUAUCAAGUAGCAGGAAUAUCUUUUCCAAGAUUCCUGGUUCUCCAGUAUAUACAGGCCCUAUUAUUUCCAAUGAACAAUCACAAGAAGCUCAGGGCAUAUUUUCUAAUUUCAGUCGGAUACCUAGGAUUCAUGACCUUAGCCGUAAUUAUAGGGAUAAAUUUAAUCGGUCACUAUUUUCACAAGAAUGCGGUAACAAGUGUGAUCCUUCAGUUGAUCUAUUACGUGCAUUUCAGCACGUUUUUUCAUUUUCACAACCUCGUAAUCAACAUACAAAUGGCAACCCUGUUGAGCAGGUUAUUUCACAACGCCCAAACUCUCAUUCAAACCAUGUCAUUCCUAAAUAUUUGGAACAUCCUCAAAGCUUUCAAAGAAAUGAGCACAGCUUUUCCCAAGAUCAUAAGAAGCUGGUUCGUCAUAGCAAUAGCCACCAUGCUGUGAAUAUGCAUGAAACACCUGGUAAAGGUGUUUCUAUGUUUACAAAGAUCAAGAACCAGCUACAAUCUGAAAGAUCUAGAUCGUUUCAACAUUCCGUUUUGGACGAAGGACAGUUGUUGAGACUUUUGUUGGAAGCAAAGAAUCGCGCUAGACCAGAAUAA